UUUCUAACAUCAUUCAACCCUGCAUUGACUCAUAUAUUUUAAAGUAUCGAAAGCAUCAUCUUCGAGUAACCAAGGAUUUCGAGACAGACGGACGGACAAUCAUGCAUACUGCGACACAAUUCACCUCAGCUUUAAUCGUUCUCCUCGCCAUGAUUUUUAUGCAUUCCAAUUGCGAAGCUCAUCUUCGCAAGUUGCCACUUUGCAGAAAUCGUAAAAGCUGCGAGGAAAAUUGCGAUGAUUGUGAUUGGGGCAGUAGCUACGCGGUUGAAUGCGGCUUCUGGGAGUGCCUGAAGGGCCCGGGAGAUCGGUGCGGUGGUCGUAAUCACAUGUGGGGUAAAUGCGGUGACGGUCUAGCUUGCCAGUGUAACAAAUGCAACGGGUGCAGCACAACCAAAGUCGACAGAAGUUGUUUCAAUAACACGUGCGCACUGGAUACGGAAUUCCUACCCCCCUUGUUUCAUCUAGACCGUCCGCACCGCGCGUACAUUUUUGAGGUUUAAAACACCAUUAUAUACUCGAUCGAACGCUAUACGUCCAUAGCCCGAUAAUAUCGUUUAAAUAUAAGAUAUCCCCUACACGUCUAUUAUAUUGCCUCGCUAUUACGCAUCAAUGAUCUCAUUUGACGAAUACGUACAUAUUGUAAUAUCCUUUGCCUGAUGUAUUCGCGAUUAUAUUUUUAUACCUAGCGUAUUUUUUUUCCUUUUAAUUUUUUUUUUCUAAUUAUAUAUUAAUGAAUGCAGGCAUAGUGAAAGAGAGCUUAGUUUCUACCAUGCAGCGGUUGUGAUAUAUACCAUAAUAAUUCCUAAUACAAAUAGUUAUGUCCAUUCCAUUAUAUCCAUACAUUCAGAGAGACGGCAUUGAUGUAAUAUAUCAUAGUAUAUUUAUUAUUUAUUCAUAUCUCUAAUACUCUUUAUAUAUCCGUCUAUCUUUCUAUCUAUCUAUCCAUCUUUUUCUCAUUGAUAUUUAUGUGCAUGAGAAAAAGAGAAAUUCUUCAGUAUUACUGAGGUAAUUUACGUAUAAUACAUUAGUUCAUAGCUUUUUUUACUUAUUAUUUUCAACUUUAACUAUUCCUAGUCAGUUAUUCGAAAAACAUUCCGCACAAUCUUGGCACUUACGUACAAAUUGUAUUGUAUCCAAAUUUGGGGUGUUUAGGUUAUAAAAAAUAAAUUUACACUUAUAUUAUUCAACAUACUAUAAAACGACUAUGCCAACUUUCUCUAAUGUUCCCAUAGUUGUUGUUAAGUUGUAAUAGUAUAUUUUAUGAUCAUUAAUUAUUGUUAUUAUGAUGAUUGUUAUUAUUACUAUUAUAGUGAUUAUUCUUGGCCCUUUCUUACGUAUUUCAGCUGCCAUAUGAUUAUUGUAUCCUGAAAUCUUCAUGUGUGUGUGCUUAUUAAAAAAUAACAGAAUAAUAUU